UUUUUUUUUUCUUUUUUCUUUAUUAUUAAAAUAAUGACAAACGAUAUUUUUAGUUUAAAGAAACAACUUGUAUUUUAUGGGGCUCAUCAUAAUAAUGGAAUUAAUAUAGCUAUUCAUAUGAUAUUUGUGCCUACUAUCUUUUGGACAGCUCUUGUCUUUUGCGCUAAUACUGGACCCUUAUUUAAUGUAAAGGAUACUUUACUUGAUUUCUUGACUCCUUUUGGUCCAAAUUUAUCUUUGAUUGUAGUAGUUGGUUAUUUCCUGUAUUAUGCUAUUUUGGAUUUCGUUGCUGCUUCUAUUGCUUCACCUUUCCUUCUUGCAAUGAGUUACACAGCUACGAACUUUCUUCAAACUAAUCCUAAUGCAAACAAAAUUGCAUUUUAUAUCCAUGUUUCUGCAUGGAUAUUUCAAUUCCUUGGUCAUGGAUUUGCCGAAAAAAGAAGUCCAAAAUUAUUGGAUAAUGUUGUACAAGCUCUUGUUUCUGCCCCUUAUUUCGUUUUUUUCGAAGUUUUAUUCUUUUUUGGUUAUCGACCUGAACUCCAUAAAGAAGUUAUGAUUGAAAUUAAAAAGGAUAUUGCUGAAUUCCGUGCAAAGAAAGCUGCUAAAAAGAAUAAACAUCAAUACCAAUCUAUUCAAUAAACAGUAUUAUUUACUUUGUUAUUAAGGGAGUUUUUUUUUUUUUUUAAUUUUUCAAGGGCUGAAUAUUUAAAUAGUGUUUCACCACGACGAUGACUACUGUAAUGAAUCCUUUAGAUACACAUAAGGUCACUAUGCUAUAUUUUAGCAUUUACAUACAAAUAGAAUCAUUUUUCAUCAUGGUUGAGGUCGCAUCACAGGUUAUUAUAUAAACCAUCAUAAACAGCGUCCUUUCAUUUUCAUUAGGGGAGUUUUAUAAAUGUAUAAAAUUGGAGAAAUAAGAUUUAUUCCUCCGAGAGUAUAUUACAUGAACAAGUAUCUAAUUAUCAGGUUAAAAAAAAAAAAAAAAAAAA